GCGUAUACGUAUACGUAACAGCAUUUUUCAUUCGUUGGAUUUUCUUUUCUUUUCUGAAGCAUUUCCGGCGCAGCACGGGCAGCGCCAGAGCCGGGCUCUGUCUCGGAAAAUCAGUUUCGUUACGCUUUCCACACGAAACGGACGCGUGUUGCGGCUGGCCUGGGGCGCCACAAAAUCAAAAUAAUAACGUAAAAUCUCACGUAAUGUCGCAGUGAAAUGUCACAGUUAUAGUACUAUUUUUGCCGGGAAAUUCGGGAGUGAAGUGUGAAAGCCACAAAAAUUGCAAAAGCAAAUUUGGCCAAAGGGCAAUGGAAAAGAAAAACUCUGAUAACAAAACCGUGUGAAAAACGCUCGAGAAAAGAAAAACAUUGUAUCAUAAAAUCAUAAAACAAAACCCGAGGCCAAACAGAGCAAAGAGUGGUGGAGGAGAGGCGCCGAUUCAGGAUUACAGAGAGAAGGAGGAGGAUGCACUUUGGCCAGGAGACGAGGCCAUCAUUGGGGCUGCUCCUGGCGGUUGAGGUUGCUCUGGCUAAACGGUCGCCGAAGGCCAGAAGAACGGCAAGUUGAUGUUGCUGCCAUCUUGGCAUCUAAUUGGGGCCCUCCUCGUGCUCACGGCCACAGCGGGGGACGCCACCAACAACAAGAUCAUCUUGCCACAAAUACUGAACGGCGGCGGAGACGCCCCUGGCAAGCACCCAUCCGGAGCCAAGACAGCGAACGGUGCCACAAAUGGCGGCGGAGGCGGGGCAGUCGGUGUCGCCACAGGAACUGGCAAUACGGUGGUCGGAAGCAAUGGCGUGAUUGUUGCCGGUGGCGGUGUUGUGGCCAAUGGCCCAACCACGAAUUUAAACACUGUUGUCGAAGAACCCGAAUUUACUGAAUACAUCGAAAAUGUAACUGUACCUGCCGGACGUAAUGUUAAGCUCGGAUGCUCCGUUAAGAAUCUGGGAUCAUAUAAGGUAGCAUGGAUGCACUUUGAGCAGAGCGCUAUCCUUACCGUGCACAACCACGUGAUCACGCGGAAUCCACGGAUCAGUGUCACGCACGACAAGCACGACAGGCAUCGCACGUGGUAUCUGCACAUCAACAAUGUCCACGAGGAGGACAAGGGACGCUACAUGUGCCAGAUCAAUACGGUGACGGCCAAAACGCAGUUUGGCUACCUCAAUGUUGUGGUUCCCCCCAACAUUGAUGAUUCGCUGAGCUCCAGCGAUGUGAUUGUCCGCGAGGGCGCCAACAUUUCGCUGAGGUGUCGGGCGAGCGGUAGCCCGAGACCCAUUAUCAAAUGGAAACGGGACGAUAACUCCCGUAUAGCCAUCAAUAAGAAUCACAUAGUAAACGAAUGGGAGGGCGAUACUUUGGAGAUAACUCGCAUCUCCCGUUUGGAUAUGGGCGCCUACCUGUGCAUCGCCUCGAAUGGGGUGCCCCCAACGGUUUCCAAGCGCAUCAAAGUCAGUGUCGACUUCCCCCCAAUGCUGCUCAUUCCCCAUCAAUUGGUUGGCGCACCAGAAGGUUUCAAUGUCACCAUCGAAUGUUUUACGGAGGCGCAUCCCACAUCACUCAAUUAUUGGACACGCGGCGAGGGACCAAUCAUACACGAUUCGCACAAGUACAAAGUUGAAUCAAGUGUAGGCGUGCCUGCCUACAAGACCCACAUGAAGCUAACGAUCAUAAGUGUCAGCAGCGGCGACGAUGGCAUCUACAAAUGUGUGGCCAAGAAUCCCAGAGGAGAGACUGAUGGCAUUAUCCGAUUGUAUGUCUCCUAUCCACCAACGACCGUAUCAUCGGGCACAACCGAUUCCCAUUGGGAGAGGGAAAAUGGCAUCAAUGGCAACAAUUACGCCUAUGGCGGAUCCGAUGGCCAACGCUCUAGUUAUGGCCAAGACAAAAAUACGAGAUAUCAAUCGAAUUUGAAUGAAAUCGGUUUAUCUGAACAAAAAUCCUUCCUAGAUAAGACCCAAAAUCCAUUGGCGGCCAAUGGAAAUGGCAAUGCGAAUGAUCCAGAGGACUCCGAGGCCAACAGGGGAGCGAAUUCUUCCAAGGCCAUUGCGUGGAUGACGCUCCUCCUACCAAUAACAUUCUUGUUAACAAUCCGCCAGUCAGCGGUUGGUUCUACUAGCUCUAUCGUAAGUGUAAGUCUAUGAACCAAUGGUAUGGGACUAGAUCUAAGGCUUCAAACGUAAUGUUAGCAUAUAAAUGAGAAUACUAUAUUUAAUCGCAUAGAACCACUAGUGGAACCGAGACCCUAAAUACGAUCCGCCCUUCCCCAUAUAUGAGACACACAUCCAGGCAGACAGACAGAGAGAGAGCUUGUUAUAUGCAUAUGUAUAUCCAUCAAAUCACAAUCUAUACAAAUACUCUAUAUAUAUAAAUCUAUGUAUAGGAACAAGGGUAAAUGCAAUUUCAUUUUGCUUUCAAUGCUGUGCUUCAAAACUGAGAAAUCGUUUCACAUGAUUAUCGGAUCGUAUAAUGUAUCUAUCACACGAUCUCCAUCAUCGAUAUCUAUACAUUAUAUUUGUGCGUUAAACGCUGAUCAAUACACAAGAAGAAACAAACACUCAUGAAUACACACAUACAACAUAUACAUACAUAUGCCUUAAGGAUUGCAAAUGAAAUAUAUAUAUAUAUACAUACAUAAAUAGAUAUAUAGACCCACACACACAUAUCGAGCAUAGAAUAUGUUUAAGUAUAAAAUGCAGGUUAAUUUAAAUAUAUUUUCUAGUUUAAAGGCGGCCAAACAUUUUUGGGAAUUUAUUUUAAAGUUGAAAUUUGCAUGGAAGAAUGCUUUUGGAAUAAAAUACCAAAAAUACCAA